UCUCUCCUCCGUGAGGACGACGUUCUCCCAUCCAGACCGGAGUGGGGAGGAGAAAAACAGGCAGAAAGACAGCAGCUAGCAGACGAAGGUCUGACUGCCGGGAAUAAAAACCCAGAGGAACCUCCUGCCGCUUCGCCGGGAUCCGCACACGCACCCAGGCGUGUAUAACAGCCCCCCCCUCCUACGGCUGAUCCGGCGCUGAGGAGGAUGGCGCUCUCCUGAACGACCCCCCUCCAUCCUUCACCCUACUCCACCUCACCAUGAACCACACCCCCAGCCCCCACCUGUCCGAUGGCGGUAAGUCCGCCGGGGGCGGCCUGCUGUGCAGCCUGGGCCUGGGGUCCGACAGGGGCAUCCGCUCCCCGGACAGCCUCAUGCAGACUCCCAGCCCCACGGGAGGAACCCCCAGCUCCAGCCCCCCGCUGCUGCUGUCGCCGGGGCUGGGAGGCUUCGGCCUGGGGUCCCUGGGCGCUCUGGGCGACGGAGCCGGGGCCGACUGGGAGAGCAGGGAGGAGCUGAGGCUCAGGGAGCUGGAGGAGGCUCGCGCCCGGGCGGCCCAGAUGGAGAAGACCAUGAGGUGGUGGUCGGACUGCACCGCCAACUGGAGAGAGAAGUGGAGCAAGGUCCGUGCGGAGCGCAACCGAGCGCGCGACGAGGUCCGCCAGCUGAGGCAGCGGCUGGACACCCUCACCAAGGAGCUGACCAGCGUGCGGCGGGAGCGCCAGGAACUGGCCUCGGAGAACGAGACCCUGCGGCAGGAGACGCUGCGCCUCCGCGGCGACCCCGCCUCCGACGCUGCUCCCCUCCCUGCUCCCGCGCCCGUCCCCUCUCCACCGUCCUCCCCGCCGCACCCUCGCGACGCUUCCUCCUCGUCCUCUCCGCCCAUCCCGCCCUCCUCCCCCACCUCCACCUCCUCUCAGGUCCACGCCGACGGCAAGCCGGGCAGGGUGGGGGAGGGGCCGCCGGGGUCGCCGGAGCCGGAACCGGUGAGGGACGUGGACUUGGACGGACAGAAAUCGCAUCAACAGAAGGACUUUGAGGUGCUGGAGUCGGUCCUGCGUUCCAGGGCCGCGGACGCUGACCCUCAGGAGGCGUGGGAAAGCCGCGGCGGUGUCAACGCGUCCACCUCGCGCUCCUCGUCCGGACUGAGCCGGCAGGAGCGCAGCAGGCAGCUGUGGGAGGACGUGGGCGCGGUGGAGGAAGACUCCGGCAAACUCAACGCCCUGCAGCUCCGGCUGGACGAGUCCCAGAAGGUCCUGCUGAAAGAGAGAGAAGACAAGCUGGCGCUGGGCAAGAGCAUCGAGAGGCUGGAGGGCGAACUCACUCAGUGGAAGAUGAAAUACGAGGAGCUCAGCAAGACCAAACAGGAGACCCUCAAACAGCUGAACCUGCUGAGGGAAAUGCAUCAGGACGAACUGGGCCGCAUAUCUGAAGACCUGGAGGACGAACUGGGAGCCCGGACCAGCAUGGACAAGAAACUGGCUGAGCUGCGAGCUGAGAUGGAGAGGCUGCAGGUGGAGAACGCGGCAGAGUGGGGGCGCAGGGAGCGCCUGGAGACGGAGAAGCUGGCCCUGGAGAGGGACAACAAGAAGCUGAGGGCUCAGGCCGAAGACCUGGAGGAGCAACUGUCCAAGAAGCGGCGGCAGGCCGCCUCGGCGCUCGACACCGACCUCAAGGCCAUCCAGAGCGAGCUGUUUGAGCGGAACAAGGAGCUCGCCGACCUUCGCCAUGUUCACGCUAAGCUGAAGAAGCAGUUCCAGGAGAAGACAGUGGAGCUCGCCCACGCCAACCGACGGGUGGAGAGCCACGAGGCUGAGGUCAAGAAGCUGCGGCUGAGGGUGGAGGAGCUCAAGAAGGAGUUGGGACAAGCGGAGGACGAGCUGGAUGAGUCGCAUAACCAGACCAGGAAGCUGCAGAGGUCUCUGGAUGAGCAGGUGGAGCAGACUGAGAACCUGCAGGUACAAUUGGAACACUUACAGUCAAGACUGCGGCGGCAGCAGCAAAGUCCCGGUCUCUUUGGGAAGAUGCGAUCGACUCGGUUCAGCCCAGAAAACCCGGACGUUCCGCCCAGCGACGUGGACGAGGAGGAGGAGGAUCUGCAGCUCCAGAUACCAUGACACGUGCACACACACACACACACACACAGAUACACGACCGUAAAGUCAUGCAGGAUAAACUCCUUCACGGCAGUUACAUGAAAGAACUUGAGAACUUUCCAGGAAAUUGGAAACAUUUUGCAACAAAAGACGUCCGUCUUUGGCUGAACCAGCUGUCCCAUUCUUAAAGGGCCGCUCCGACAUUACCCGUAGGAUCAAAAGGUCAAUGCCACUUGUAUCUCUGAACAGACACGUGUCAGCCUUGGAUGGAAUUGUUCAAUAAUGUAAUCAAGAAUUAAAAAACCGAGCAACCUUUGUCAAAAAAGCUAUUGAGAGAAACCACACGAUUGUUCAUCUGGAGUACCAGCUGACUACCCGUCAGCGUUGUGAUAAGAACAACCGCAAUCCUUACGCAAGACCACUAAGACACGGCGUCCUCGCAUUUACAGACGAGCACCCAGAUCAAACCCAGCAGGCGCGUGGCGGACAUUCACUUUUGUCAACUUCCACCAAACCACUCUAGCAGAGGCCCCACAUCCGUUCUUACCUCGUAUCCUCUCAAGCAUUGCACCUGUAUUACACCUGUCCCGUCUGAACUGGGCUACUGUAUUCAAUCAGGCCUCAACCCACAUCACCAGUGUUAAUACUUUCCUCAAGGCAAAAAAGACUUUAAUGAGCUUGAAAGUGCUUCAUCACACGGGAAUAGCGUUAUGAUUAUGGAUUUUUAGGAAUUUCUCCCUAAUAUCAGCUAUUCAAACUCUAUUUCACAUGUAUUUAAAACGUCACAUUUAGUCUCAUUGUUGACUAGAAUUACAGCAGCAGGAUCUUGUGACCUUCCCUCCCCAGUCGCCCUGUGCUCAAACCCAACGGCGCUGUAUUUGUGUGUGAGUCCUUAUCAAGACAUCGUAUGCUUGCUUUGGAACGGCAUUCACACAGAAUGCAUCCAGCACCAGUAAGCGGCAGUUAGGGCCGAACUCAAUAUAAAUCAAUAAAAUGUCAGCGUCUCCGUCUGUCAUAAUAUUUCAUUACCUCAUCACCUUCGUCUUCAUUAGCUUUAUAAAUGUAAUUUAUGGUGCUGUUAAAUUGCUGCCAGACACCCAUUUAAUAUAAGUGUAUUUAGCAUCUCCCUUUGUAUAUAAGUGGGAGACCAAACUGUUUUCUGACUGCAGUGUUUUGGAAGCACUAAACUCCAACAAAUAUAGGUUGAAGAAGAAUAUUUUGUAACAUAACAUAAGACAUGAUGUGAAUUUGGGCCUUUUUUCAAAAUAAAUGUUGAGUUUUUUGGAUUCAACAAUGCUCAGGAUUUAUACAAAUGUUUGGAUCACUUGAGUUGGAAACAAUCUUACAAAGGUUUUUUUCUUACACGCACUCACCGGAGCCGUUGUGAAAGCCGAUCUGCCCAACCCGCACUAAUAAGUGUUAUUCAGCCACCCGAACCCGACCCAACCUGCAAACUGACAACUUAAUGAUUUAUAGUAGUAUGAUUGUCAGGACUAAGUGCGGCGGCGCAGGUUGUGUGCGUGUUGUUGAAGAGAUGUUGUAGAGGAUGACAAAGAAAAAAAAAGGUGGAGUACCGCAUGUAAUGUUUCUGUACCUUUUUUUUUUUCAUUAAUUACUUGGAAUGCUGCUUAGUCACAUUUGCCCUUCCCAAACCUCCAACAACCUGCAGGUUGUGGGUCAACCAUCGAAUCCCAUACUAAUAGUAUGUAACCUAGUCUUUAUCAGAACAGAAAACUGUGCAACACCUCAGACAUCAACAAUAUCAAUGAAGCUUGAAUUGUUGUUUUUGCAGCCCUAACUGGCAGUACACAAUAAGAAGCCCAUAAUGUGAUCCAAUGUUGACCACAACAGAACCUUGUUGUCAACAUGCUCCCACUUAAAACCCCCACAGUGAUGGUUUUGACACGAGCGAAAGGGAACAACAUCCUGCCGCGUGGGAGGGGAAGCGUAAACUUGAUGGAGGGAAGAGGGAGCGGCCUGUAAGUGUGCGCCGCUAGUAUUCUCACCUAAGUGCAUUAAGCCUGAUCCUUUCACGACGUAGUAAAGUAGCGGGGCGUGGAGGACUGUUAGUGCUGCAAAGGGCGAAACAAGAAGAAGAUUUGAUGAUGCACAGAGUGAGUCAUCAAAUCUGAUAUGUCACUAUUCCACUUCUACUUGACUCUGCUGGAGUUUAAAUCCUCCCCAGAAGCGGGAGGGGAAGUUGACAGUAGACAGGAACCAAUGGCAACAAUACAUUGCGUAACCUCCUUGGUGUUGCCCAUCAGCAACUAGCUUAAAGAAAUUGGUCGUUAGAAACCUUGUUUUUCGCCUAUUGAAUAACUCUUUAUUGAAUGAAUUGAUGUAAUUCUUGAUAAUGACAUUUCACGGUGGAGUAAACAGCAUGUCACAAUACAGAGAAAAUAUCUCACAGGAUUGGCAAGCGUUAGCAUGUUCCCCGCUGGCUAACAUGUUAGCGGUUUGCCGGCAAGAUACACUUGUUCACUACUUAACUUUGCAGUCACUACGCCGCCUAGUACCAAUAUGGAUUUGAUUUCUCUCUGUCCUUAAUUGUAUACAUCAUAUUCAAAAGCAGGGAAUUGGCACCAUUAUACUUUCAAAACUUAAUAUGGGUCCUUGUUUAUGUUCAAGGUUGAACAAGGAAAGAUUUCCCUCCGUUUUAAGUGCGUGUCCAAUCAGUAUCGAUAUUAGAAGUAAUCUAUUGAAGCAGGCCAGCGGGAUCACUACGCUUCUAUACACUUCAGAACUGAUUGGGAUUCCAUAUGAAUUUGGCAAAUACUUAUUUUAAGACUUAGGUAUGAGGUUUACAUUUUUUUUUUCCUGCUGAAAAUAAAAUCCCAUAAAUCUCUGGUGUCAAUUCCCAAUUAUUCCCUCAGGGUUGUAUUCCUAUAAAAGCCUCCAAAGCCGCAGUUAGAGGUCACGGGAUAAUGAAACACUCACUGAAACAAGGCGGGUAACAUUCUUACAGGCUUAAUACUCCCGGCCUCCUCCAUAAUGGCCGAGGUAUUCUACAGUUUGGUUUGGUUACACUGGGUGUUGAACCGAAGACUUAAUUUAUUUGUCUGGGAUAAACGUCCCGCCUGUAAAAGAGCUCCCGUCUAGCAGAGGACGCGUGCCGUUGUGAAAGCAAUAAAACAUGCAUUUAUCUUCCAACAGCAUCAGCAGUCACUCUCUGCCUCAUCUGUGACGCCGGAAGGGGACCAAGUUGUUUUUUACUGAUCAGGAAUCUCAACUAUUUAUCUUGUUGUUGUUACGGUUUAGUUUUUAUAAAUGGUCUGUACCACAGUGGUUUUAUAUUAGCUCUAUAAAUGUCAACUGCAUAUAUAAAGAAA